AUGAAUUCAGCAAUUGAUGAAUAAAAAAUGAAAUAAACAACAUCUAAGUUCUCAUUUAAACCUACUGUCUUACCCUAAAUGAUGUCUACUUGUAAAUUAAGUAGGUUUCCAAUGGAUGGAAAAUUAGGUGAAUCAUUUCAAGAAUCAAAUAAAAGAUAUAACAGAUGGUAUUUCAGAAUUCAAACCCAAACAGAGAAACAAGAUAAGGUUGAAAAAGAUAAAGGAAUUGAAGUACAUUUAUUUUUUAUUAAUAUAAUAAGGAUGUUUAUAUUUAGAUGCAAAAUAAUCAAGAAGAAAUUUGUGAAGAUAUGAAAUAAAAAGACUUGGUUGGGCCAGAUUCCAUUAAGAAUUAUUACUAAACCUAUAAAAAAAUAAAUAGAAUCAAAGAGUAGAAUAAUCUCUUUACAAUUUAAAGUAAGAUAAGAUCCAGAUUAAUUUAGACUCUGUCCAAACUAAUCUCAUAAUAAAAUCAGAACAAUUAAGACUAUUACCUUGUAAGAUGGGAUUAAUAAAACAAAAAGGAGAAUCAAAAGUACUGAGUAUAUAAAAUCAUAAAUAUGGUGAUAAAUAUGUUGAAGUACUAUCAGAAGGUUUAAGAACUCUCCCUGUAAUUUAGGAUUUCAAUUUCAAUUCAAACAGAAUUAAAGAAAACGGUGCUUCAUUGAUAUUACCUUUAAUUUCAAAAUAAGCGAGAUCUAUAGAAAUGGUAUCGAAUAUAAUUGGAAAAAAAGGAUUAGAACCAGUAUUAAAUGUGCUUCCAUCAUAGAAUUGCAAGUAUUUAUAUCUUCAUGAAUUUUAAGAAUCUAAAUCUUAAAUUUAGAAGAUAAUUAGUUGGGUGAUAUUUUAGCUUAAGAACUCUUUAAAGCUAUAUAAAAAAAUAAUACUGUUAAAUUACUUAAUUUAUCUAAAAAUCAAAUUAAUAAUGUUUCACAUACUUUUAUUAAAUAAAUGAUUGAAACAAAUGACUCUUUGGAAGAGUUGUAUCUUCAUUGGAAUUUAAUUAAAGGAAGUGGAGGUGCUGAAAUUUUUAAAGCAUUGAUUCCUAAUAAAAACAUAAAAGUUUUAGAUUUGUCAUAUAAUUUAUUAGGAUGUGGUGGUUCAAAUUUAACACCUAUUCUAAAAUAAUUUUUUGAAGAAAAUAAAGAAAUGCUUCAUUUAGAUUUAUCAGCAAAUUAAUUUAGUUUAGCAGAUAGUCAAUCAAUAUCAGAAUCUUUAAAGGAAAAUCACACAAUUUAUGGUUUUCAUUUUUCUGGCAAUUUUGGAUAUGUAGAUUCAAAAGGAUUCUUAAUAAUUAAAGAUGAUAUGAGAAAUUUCAAUUAAAUUCAUACAGAUUAUAGAAUUAGAGGAUGUGAAACUCAUAGUAAACCAUAUUCAAAAGGUCCAAGAUCAGAAAAAUUAAUGGAUAUAUGUUGGAUUUGUGAUGGUUGGUAGGGUUAGAAAUUUGAAUGGAUUCCAAGUAAUAUUAAUCUUUUAAUAACAAUUAGAUAAAAGUGGAAAUGCAUCAGAAGAACCAAUAUUUAUUCAUUUUGAUUUUGAAGGAUAUGAAGCUAUAUUUUUAGGGAAACCAAAUGAGAAUGGUAUUUAUUCAACAAAUAGAAUGGUACCAACAGGAGAAUUAGAUUAUUUUUAUACUGGAUGUUAGUUAUAAGUGGCAAGUCUAACUGAACCAUUAAAAGUUCAUAAUGAAAAAUUUAGAGUAAGGACUAAAAUAGCUGAUUAAAUAAUAGAUGUAUUAUUGGAUGAAACAAAUCAUUAAAUCAUAAAUAAAGGUAAACCAGUUAUAUAAGAUUGGGAACAAAAUUAUGAUAUAAAACCAAGGACUUGUGAUCCAAUAUAUAUUCCAGCUAAAUUGAAAAAAUAAAAACGUGUAUGGUCAUUUCCUAUAUCAAUUUGGGCACCUAAAUAUAAAUUUGAUACAGAGGAGUUAUUACGUAAAUGUUUUGAGAGAGAUUGGAAUUGUUCUAAGAUAACAAAAUUUGUUAAGAAAACUGAAGAAUAGGAAUAAAUCAAAGAAAUGUUAUGGCAAUCCUAUAAACCAAUAAGAGAGACUUAUAGAUAUUAUUCAGCUAUAAAUCCAAGUGGUGAUGUAUUUUCUAUGUCUUAAAAUCCAACUUCUGAAUUUGUGAAUUAAUGUUAAUUAAUAGAUGGAAAAUAAAUGAAAUUGGCUGAUGUUGAUUUAAAAUUUAUAGCUACUUGUAGUGCAUCAUAAUCUGAUUGGAAAGGUAACUUUAGAAAUCCUGAGAGAUAUUUAGUUAGAUAUUAGAUGAUGGAAUUUUUGGUAAGAUUAUCAGAAGAUAAAUACAUAAGAAAUUAACCUGGUUCUCCAUCAUUUGUUUAAGCAACACGUAUGAUAUUAGAUUAGUGUUUACCUCAUAUGUCUUAAUUUGAUUCUCAUAAAUGGAGAAUGGAAAGAUAUUUUAUAGAAUAAUGUGAUGAUGUAUGUAAAAAAUACAAAUAAGUAAUUGAUUAUGUUUAUAUGCAUAAUUCAUAAAAAAAAGUAAAACCAGGAUAAGCUCCAUUUAUGUGUCUAGAUGAAUUAAAGGAUGUAUGUAAUAAGGCAAAUCUAUUUGAUGAGAAUUUUGUUGAAAGAGAUGUUAAUUUAGCAUUUUGUUUAUCUAUGUUGACUUAAGUUGAUGAAUUAGAAAGUGAUAGAUUAUUUUAAAUGUAAUGGAUAGAAUUUAUGGAAGCAUUGGCAAGAAUAGCUGAUAAAUACUCUCCAAUAGGAAUUGGAAAGUAAAAUGAAGUAUAUAUUUAAUAUAUUUGAAAUAGAAAGAAUGGACUUAUGAAUAAAGGUUUGCAUAACCUCUGUACUAUAAAUUAGAAGCUUUUAUGAUUCAUUUGAUUCAUACUUCAGUUGAUGAAGAAACUAAAAAGAAUUGGAAGAUACCAAUAGUUUCGAUGUUCGAUUUAAUUGAGGAAGAUGAUUAAUGA